AGAGAGGUUGCGUUUACGGUCCUGUGAGCGCACUUAGGACCGUCUCCCUUCGCCACUCGUCGCCUACUGCACUUCUGGGAGACGACGUUCUUCUGGUCGGCGGUGCCGCCUUGCGCCAGUACUAGCACACCGAUACUCCACUCAUUGACUUCAGUAGCUUGUUUUCUCUCCGGAGUGUGGCUAAGAGAAGCAAACACAUAGCCUCCCAUCAAUUGAACGCUCGAUUUCCUCUCAGCCUUACCUCCCGUCUAUCCGCUGAUUAUCAGACAUGAUGUCUCCACAGGCCCCGUUUGUGGCAAGCACAAACUUGAAUCCGGCCCUAUUUCAGUCAAUAUAUGACGGGACCGGAGUUAAUUUCGCUUCGAAGAAGCGAGCAGCGGACCAGGAAGGAGGACAAAGGAAGAACAUGUCACAUUUGCCAACAGGCGAUGGGAAUUCUAGCGACUCUCUAGACUCUCAGAUCUCAAAUCUGCACUCACCCGCGGCCCGCGGCGCAUCAAACUCUGACGCGGGCUCCACAACGAAGAUCAAAAAGAAGCCAGGCCGUAAGCCAGCCACAACCGAGCCAGCAAACAAACGGACAGCGCAAAAUCGAGCAGCCCAACGUGCAUUUCGUGAGAGAAAGGAGCGAUAUGUCAAAGAGCUAGAGGAGCGGUUGGCGCAAUUGGAAGAUGCGCAAGGGAAGAUCGAAGGCGGAGUUCUGGUGGGAGAAAACACUCGCCUGAGGCAAAAAAUUUCGGAGCUAGAAAGCGAGAACCGGGCGUUACGUCAAAUGUCGUUUACAUUCGACAUCCCAGGCAGUGACAUCACCCAAAGCUCGAACACGAAGCCGAAUGAAGCGCCAGAAAUCAACAGUGGAGUAAAUUACGAUUUCAACAAUUACGAUUUUCUAUCAGCAAUGGCUCCAGCAAGCACGGCCACAGCGUCGUCGGCUGGAAUGCCUAUUUCCCCAACUUCGCUCGUUAACUUGGACGAUGGUUCGCAACUGGAUACGUCGCCGUUCUCGGUGAAGACGCUCGAGACACCCCUGAUAAGGGACGAUAACAACACCAAUUAUGCUCUCUUCGACGACAUUCAUAGCUCCACACUGUCAAUGACGUCGGAUCUGGAAAGCCAAUCGGCCCAAGAUUUCAGUGAUCUUGACAGUAUCAUUGCGGGGUUGCCGCUAACACAGUUCUCUUUUGUCGAUGAUCUGCCAGCAACACAGCCAUAUGGCUCGACUGCACAGUUUGCACCGCAAUAUUCGAUGUCAACAGCGCCCGCGUAUACGCAGCCAUACCAAGGCGUCCGGGGACAACAGCCGUUCACCGCGAAUUUCACAAACCCGUUCACUACCGACAACAAUCUAGCAGAUGCCGAUUUCGAUGAGUUCUUGAACCUCACCGGGGUCACACGACCGGCGACAGUACCACAACGACAGCAACCACAGCAACAGAAUGUCGGAACAACAGUGCCAUUGCAGAUGCAAGCACAAACGCAGAUCCCAUUCCAGCAACCACGAGGACCGCAAAUGGGCAUGACGUCCACGAUGCAAUUCUCCCCGCAAGCAGCACUCGCACAGCAACCUUUCUCCCCUCAAUCCGUCCAGUCAACCCACUCACCGUCAUCAGCGCAGAUGUCUGCGCAAUAUUACACGCCACCAUGGCAGGCAGGCGAUCUCUUCGAGCAAAACGAAACGAAGGGAUCCGAUGUCAAGUGCGUGAUAGAUCCCGAUCAGUGGGAGAAGACCAAGGACUGUGUGCAGGAUGCGGAGACGAUAGACGAUCUGUGCGAGUUGUUCAAAGUAUGUUCUCAUUGAAUUAUCAAAAAUCACCUCUAUGGGCUACUAACCGCCUCGCGCCUUUCCCAGACAAAAGCCCAAUGUACAGAAUUCCGCGACCUCCAAGACCAAGUCCUUCAGGCUUGCGAACGGGGCAGCAAAGAAGAGGUCAUGGA